AUGCCACCGUCCAAAUCGACGGCGGACACGGGCCAACCAGGCAAACUGGGCCAUUCGCACCAAGCUGCUGUGGUCUCUGGAGGCUCUACAACAAGCCUCGGCAUUGGGCGGUCCCGUGGGCUCGAGAAGAGUUCGCUUGAAACGGCGGACGAGCACAAGUCAACGGUCGACAAGUGGCCGCGCACAAGUUUUGCCGCCCGAGAGCCACAACGUCACACUCGUGACACAGACUCACGACUGACCUUUCCUCCCCAGCUUCUAGAAGGUAUCGCUGCCACCAUCACGGCCGCCAUUCAACGAUUCCCGGCCGAACUGUAG